AUGAAGCCUGUUUGUUUGGUUAUUGGUGCAGGCGCGGGCAUUGGUGGCACCGUGGCAAAGCGCUUUGCCAGGGGCGGCUACCAUGUGGUCCUGUCUCGAAGAUCCGACAAGCAGGGUCUGGAUGAAAUGGUGCGAGACAUUGAGUCUGAGGGUGGCUCGGCAGUCGGGCACCUCAUCAACGCGGUCGAGCCGGGCGCCAUCGAAGCGCUCAUCAAGGAGACGUCGGAAGCCGGACCCAUCGAAGUGGUCGUCUUCAACCUCGGGGCGCAGAUCGGUACACGACCCCUCGCGGCAACUUCCCUGAAGCAGUUUGAGCUUGGCUGGCGCAUGGCCUGCUUCGUGCUCUUCCGGGCAGCGCAAGCUGCGAUGCCGACCAUGGUGCAGAACGGGAAGGGAUGCUUCCUGGUAACAUCAUCAACGGCGGCCAUGCGGGGAAACGAAGGCCAGCAUGCUCACGCUGCUGCCAUGGGUGGUCGGCGGAUGUUGUGUCAGAGCUUAAAUGCAGAGUUCGGGUCGAAGGGAAUCCAUAUAGCGCACAUCGUUGUGGAUGGUCCGGUUGAUGCACCUGACACCCUGGGAAAGAUGAUGGGGCCAGAGAACUUCGCGGAACUGCGCAGGACUGCUGGCGGCCGCGAUGGGCUGCUGGACCCAGCGCAAAUUGCAGACACCUACUGGCACGUGGCGCAUCAGCACCGCUCGGCAUGGUCGUUUGAGUUGGACCUGCGACCCUGGUCGGAGCUGCCCUGGUGGAACGACAAGCCCCAGCCAACAGCCAAGAUUUGA